AUGGAGGGCAUCUUCGCAGCGCAGACCAAGUUCCGCCAAAACCUGGGCCUGAAAAAGGUCAAGGCCAUCCGGAACGCAAACUACAAGGCGCAGGGCACAAAGUCCUACGUCUACCUGCUGAACCGCUUCGGCUUCCAACCCACACAGCCAGGACCUUACUUUGUCCAGAACAAAGUCGUCCAGAGAGGCCUUGCCCCGGAAUCAUUCCAAAAGGCUGUGGGUGGUAGACUCCGCCACCAGCGCGUGCUCGUCAAGAAGACUGGCGAUGACGACCAAACUGGCGAAGUUACCGCUGAUGACCAGCAAAAUGAUUCAAUGUACCUCUGUGAAGUUGAUAUCGGAACGCCAGCCCAGACAGUCAAGCUGGACUUUGACACUGGUUCAGCCGACCUUUGGGUCUUUUCCACCGAGCAGAGCAAGUCCACUCAGAAGGGCCAUGCUGUCUUUGACCCAAAGAAGUCUUCCACUUGGAAGGAGCUCUCAGGCAAAUCCUGGAAGAUCUCUUACGGCGACGGCUCGAGCGCCUCGGGCGACGUCGGCACUGAUACCGUGUCCAUUGGCGGACUCAAAGUCGAGAACCAGGCUGUCGAGCUGGCAAAGACCAUGUCGGCACAGUUCUCCCAGGGCACUGGCGAUGGACUGCUGGGAUUGGCUUUUGGCACCAUCAACACGGUGACUUCUGGGUCUCAAUCGGAUCCUCAGCCCACUCCUGUUGAGAAUAUGAUCACACAACAGGACAUCCCCAAGGAGUCCGAACUCUUUACCUCGGCAUUUUACAGCGAGCGCGAUCAAAACAAGGAGUCCUUCUACACUUUUGGCUACAUUGACCAGGACCUCAUCACCGCUUCUGGCGAGGAGAUCCAUUGGACCGACAUUGACAACUCUCAGGGAUUCUGGCAAUUCCCCUCGGCCUCAUACUCCAUCAAUGGCAAGUCCACCACUGUCUCGGGCAACACUGCCAUCGCCGACACUGGCACCACUCUGGCUCUCGUCUCCGACGAUGUUUGCACGGCCCUGUACAAGCAAAUCAAGGGUGCCAAGUACGACUCGCAGCAGCAGGGCUGGACCAUCCCCACCAGCGUCAAGGCCGCCGACCUCCCCGACUUCAGUGUGGCCGUGGGCGACAAGGAGUUUGUCAUUCAGAAGGAGGACCUCGUCUUUGCGCCCAUUGACGAAAACACAUGGUACGGUGGUGUACAGUCCCGCGGUGAUCUCGACUUUGAUAUCCUUGGUGACAGCUUCUUGAAGAGCGUAUACGCUAUCUGGGAUCAGGGCAACAAGCGUUUUGGUGUUGUGCCAAAGAUUGAGGAUACUCAGAAUCUGACGCCUCCGACCACGUCUUCCUAA